UUAAUAGUUGGGUUCGAGAUUUCUCCUCAAAUUUAAACUUCACCACCAAAAUGAAAUUAUUUGUAGUGCUGUCCGCAAUUGUAGCCGUUGGUUGGGCUAUGCCACAAUUUGGUGGCGGAAAUGCAAAUGCCAAUGCCGAUGCUAACGCUAAUGCAGAAGGAUUUGGCGGACCUGGUGCAGGAGGAUUUGGUGGACCUGGUGCAGGAGGAUUUGGUGGACCCGGUGGCGGCGGCUUUGGCGGAGGUCCAGGAUUCGGAGGCGGUUUCGGUGGAAAUCCAGGAUUUGGAGGCGGUUUCGGUGGAAACCAAGGAAAUGGCGGCGGUUUCGGUGGAAAUCCAGGAUUCGGAGGCGGUUUCGGUGGAAAUCCAGGAUUUGGAGGCGGUUUCGGUGGAAACCAAGGAUUCAAUGGCGGCGGUCUCAACAAAGCCAAUGCUAAUGCUGAAGCCAAUGCAAACGCCGGUGGAUUCGGAGGCAGUUCGGCUAAUGCUGACGCCACUGCGAACGCCGGUGGAUUCGGAGGCAGUUCGGCUAAUGCUGACGCCACUGCGAACGCCGGUGGAUUUGGCAAAUAGACAUUCGUAUUAAAACGUGCGUAUGAAGUCUUAUCAGUAAGCACAUCAACGACAACCAACGGUGUUCGUAUCCUGAUUGAUACAUAUUUUAUAUGUGACUGCCUUUGAAUUAAAUUAAUUUAUAUUAAAUGAAUGAAGAAUAAAAAAUGGAAAAAAUAAAACUGAAUAGUAUAAUAACUGUAAA